CUUGUGCCUCAAAUUGAGUGGCUAAGAGCCUACGACCACAUUCUUGUCACCCCACUGCUUUCUGGGACAAAUGUAGAAUGACGUGCAAAAAUGGAGAUUCCAUUAAAAGUUACCUUAUCUAUACACAUUGUACAUACACUUCCUUAAUCAACAACAACAACAAUAAUCUUUGGGGGGAUUUUUGAUAAUGCAGUACACUUCAGUUACACCAUGCCACACUUACUUCCAUUACAUUCCUAACAAUUUUUCCUCCAAACAUUCCCUUCAUUUCAAGAAAACACUUGUCACUUAUACACACAGUUGUCACCAAGAACAAGAAAAGCAUAACAAUAAUUCAGAAAAAACAGAUAAACAGAAAGAUGUUUAUUGGCAAGAAAUGAAUUUUUCUGUUGAAAAAGAGAAACCCCAUUACAGAAAUGAUGCAAAAGAGCAGGGGGGUGAAGUGAUUGCUCGUUCGGGCAUUCGAUCGAAUAGCUGGUGGGCGAGGAUUAAAGCUGCAUUGGGGCAGAGGAUUAACAUGGAGGGAAUUUCUUUUUCUGUUGGGAUUUUCUGUACAGACAAGCAUUUGGCAAUCCCACAUGUGUUUGUGCCAGAUAUUAGUUAUAUUGAUUGGCAUGAGCUGAAGAAAAGGGGAAUCGAAGGCGUAGUUUUCGACAAGGACAAUACAAUUACUGUUCCUUACUCUUUAAACUUAUGGUCUCCUCUUGCUUCAUCCAUGGAACAGUGUAAAUCUUUGUUUGGAAACAACAUUGCAGUUUUUAGCAACUCUGCAGGACUAGCUGAAUAUGACCUUGAUGGUAGGAAAGCUCGGAUUCUUGAGCGUGCAAUCGGAAUUAAAGUUAUUAGGCAUAGGUUGAAGAAGCCAGCUGGAACAGCCGAAGAAAUUGAAAGGCAAUUCGGUUGCAAAUCCUCGAGACUUAUUAUGGUGGGCGAUCGGCCUUUCACAGACAUAGUUUAUGGAAACAGAAAUGGAUUUCUUACUAUUUUGACAGCACCGUUAAGUCUCUCACAGGAGCCAUUUAUUGUGAAGCAGGUCCGGAAACUGGAAAUGGCCCUUGUGAACCGAUGGUCUAGUAAAGGGAUAAAACCAAUUAGUCACUGGCUUCUUCCUGAUUGCCGGCAUUGUAUAAAGGAUGAACUACUAUAGUCUUUACUCUUUAGGGAUAUCUUUUAGUGAAGGUGGAAAAGUAUAUGUUGAACAGCCAUCUUUCUUACUACCACUAGCUAUUUAUUAUAUACAGGAAAAUUUCUUGUGUUGUUUUAA